AGAGAAGACAAUUUACUUUCAUAGUUUUAGAUAUUUCUGCCCUUUGAUGUUAUAAACUACAUAAGGCCAAGCUUUCAUUGAAGAAUGAGACGUCGGCAACUUCAUGACCCUUAAAACUACUAUGAAUGAAUAAUAUGUGACUUGUAUUCUUCAGCCACUAUUUUAUUUUUUUCUUCUCUAAUAAGGUGACCUUGGAUCUGUGAAAAGCCUUUUUAGUUUCACAGGGAGCUGAGAUUUUCAUUUGUUAACAUUUUUUGGUAAACGUUUUGACAUUUCACACCGGUCUACCAGUGCAAAAGGCCACCCUUUUACAAAAAAGGCUAUGAACAUAGCAUAACACAAAACAAUUAGCAGCACCAACCACACCAUUGAGGUUGUCAAAAAGAGAAGGCUCAUUGGUCAAAAGGCUAAUUAAUCUUUUUCUUUGUGGGUUUGGUUUUGUGUGGACUGCUUCCAUUAUUAUAGUUAUAUUUUAUGUCUAAGAAGAUUGUAUUAGUAGUAGCAGGCACUGCUGCAAAUGAUCCCUUUUGUGGAUACUAUGGAAGCUUUUUCUUCUCUGCUGAAAUGAAGCUAGUCAAAUCAAGUCAAGUCUUGGUUGGAAUCUAGUCUAUAGACUCUCAUGGUUAAUUUGGUAUCUGUCUGGGCUAUAUAGUGUUUCUGUUCUGCCUUUUUGGCUCAUUGCAUUGCUCAAUCAAGUGUAGUGUUGUUCACUGUUCUUCUCUUCUUCAGUUCUCGGUGGUUGUUUUUGUUAUGUUCCAGGGCAUGAUGGGGUUUGAAGGGUUGGUUCCAAGGCACAAGCGUUCUAAGAGCUUUCCUGAUAAAAAAAGAGACGGGGAUGAUAAUCCAUAUAAUCAUCUUGAGGCCUCAGAUCGAACAAAUCAGGAUACAGGGUACCUCACGGAAUGCGUUAAACCUAGGAAAAAACAAACCCCUACAAGUGAUCUUCAACAUAGUUUGAAGCAAGAGAUUCUACUAUUAGAGAAAAGACUACAAGACCAAUUUGAGGUUAGAUGCACGUUAGAAAAGGCACUUGGAUACAGACCUACAUCUCUUGUUAAUUCGAAUGAAACGAUACUGCCCAAGCCAACGUCCAAAUUAAUUAAAGAAAUUGCGGUGUUAGAGUUAGAAGUUGUGUAUUUGGAACAAUAUCUUCUCUCCUUGUAUCGUAAAGCAUUUGAUCAACAAUUACCCUCUGUAGCUCCAUUCACCAAGGAGGAAAAAGUAAAGUCUCCUCCAUCAACACCUAGAGCAAGAUUAGUUGAAGUAUCUAAGCCUGAAGUGUUAACCAAAAGAGGAAGCUCUGCAGUACAAUCAAUUGAUCAUGAGCUUGAUACUCUACAAAAGGAAUAUAGUGGAUAUGAACAUGAGACGCUAAGGAAAGAAUACAAUGUACAUCAACCAGAAGGAAAGCAUUUAGACUCAGGUGUAUAUCGUUGCCACUCCUCGUUAUCCCAGUGUACAACAUUUACAACAAGAGUAUCUGCUCCAGCCGCAGAAGUAUUAACCGAAUCUCUGCGCACCUGCCAUUCCCAACCAUUGUCCAUGAUGGAGUAUGCCCAAAAUGUUGAUGCUUCAUCAAGAAUAAUCAGCCUGGCAGAACAUCUUGGUACCCGAAUAUCUGAUCAUAUUCCAGAUACACCAAAUAGGCUUUCUGAGGAUAUGGUCAAAUGUAUAUCGGCUAUAUAUUGCAAACUCGCGGAUCCAUCUACAACAAAUCCAGGCCUUUCAUCUCCCAGUUCAUCCUUGUCUUCAACUAGUGCCUUUUCUAUUGCAGAUCAAGUAGACAUGUGGAGUCCAGGUUUGAGGAAUAAUUCCUCAUUCGAUGUACGGUUAGACAAUCCUUUCCAUGUGGAAGGACUCAAGGAGUUUAGUGGGCCAUACAGCACCAUGGUUGAGGUAUCAUGGAUUUACAGAGAAAAUCAGAAAUUUGGUGAUACCGAGCAGUUGCUCAAGAAUUUCAGGUCACUUAUUUGUCAAUUAGAAGAAGUAGAUCCUGGGAAGUUGAAAAACGAGGACAAGUUAGCUUUCUGGAUCAACAUACACAAUGCUUUGGUGAUGCAUGCAUUUUUGGCUUAUGGAAUUCCACAAAACAAUGUGAAAAGGGUAUUCCUUCUGUUAAAGGCUGCAUAUAACAUUGGGGGUCAUACAAUCAGUGCAGACACAAUACAGAACACUAUACUCAGGUGCCGGUUGCCUCGCCCUGGACAGUGGUUUCGCUUGUUCUUUUCUCCAAGGACAAAAUUCAAAGCUGGAGAUGGACGACAAGCAUACCCGAUUGAGCGUCCUGAGCCUCUUCUACACUUUGCACUCUGUUCAGGAAACCAUUCUGAUCCAGCGGUACGCAUAUAUACACCCAAGAGAGUGCUUCAAGAACUAGAAGUUGCAAAGGAAGAGUACAUUCGAGCUACCUUUGGGGUACGCAAGGACCAGAAAAUAAUUUUUCCCAAGCUUGUAGAGUCUUUCGUCAAGGACUCGGGUUUGUGCCCUGCUGGUACCAUGGAGAUGAUCCAAAAGUCUCUACCUGAAUCUCUAAGAAAGAGUGUAAAGAAGUGUGACCUCGCAAAAUCCAAGAAGAGCAUAGAAUGGAUUCCACACAACUUUACUUUUCGAUAUCUCAUACCUAAGGAGCUUGUAAAAUAAUUGCUUGGUAGCCCUUUUUUCUUACUAUGGGAGACAAUCUACUUCAAGUUUUAAACAACAGUUCACAACUUCAAUUGUAGUUGCAUUAGUCGUAUUUGUCUGCAAUUUUCCAAUCGAGACAAAACUGCUACUACAAUUGCUACUGCAGUUUAAAACCUUGAUGUGCGUUGUUUGCUCUAUGAUGUAUUAUUCUUUUGUACAAAGUUGACAGGGUAGCAGCAACAGAAAAAUCUAAUAUUGCAAUGUGUAGCAUUGAGUCUGUAUUGUGUUACAAUUUCAUUGUAAUAUCUGUAAUUGAUGUACUCUAUUCAUAGAGUUGAGAUUCUGAUAUUAGCAGUGUAAAUGAUUUGAUGCUAUAAUCAGUUGCAUGUGAA